UUUUAAUUUUAGAGAGGGAAAUUCUCUCGAGUUUAGGUCCUUUCAAAGGCACAAGUCCUCUUUCCUUCUAUCAUGUAGCGGCUGCCCUGCCUCCUUGGGCAGGGGUCGCCCUUCCUUUCUUGUUUCCUCCACCUCUGAACGGGGUUGUAGAUAAUCUCUUGUGUUCUCAUUUUGUUCUGAGUUCUUUUGUUGUGUGAGAGUUUCAUUUUCUAGAAUGAUAGAUUAGGCGGAGGAACCAGGUGGCAGAAACUUUCUUGGCAGCCAUGCUUCUGAACUUUGGGGUUUUCUUUUGCUUGGGCCAGGGGCCUUCUUGCCUUUAAGAAACAUCCACUUAUUUUUUUUUUUAAAAUUUUAAGUUAUAAAAUACAGUUUAUGUUUAUAAGUGAACAAGGGCCUGGAUUGUUUUCCGGUCGAAACUCCAAAACUUGUCAGUGGCUUAAACUUAAAUUCUGAAAACUGUUUUGUUUUCUGCCCCUGCAUCUCAGAACAAGCUGCUUUUUUUCUUUUUUGUUCAGCAGUUCAGAUUUGAAACAUCAUGGAUCAUAAUCUUUAUGAUGAGUUUGGAAACUACAAUGGUCCUGAAAUUGAGUCAGAACAAGAGAGUGAUGGAGAGGAAGAAGAUGAACAACUUCCAGACAAACCCCAUGAAAAUGAGGAAGCAUCUGAUGGUAAGGAGGCAAUUGAUGCUUCCAAUGGAUGGGUUACUACCGCUAAUGAUGUUGAUAUGGAUAAUCAGAUCGUGCUUGCUGAGGACAAGAAGUAUUACCCAACUGCAGAAGAGGUUUAUGGUGAAGAUGUUGAUACAUUGGUUAUGGAUGAAGAUGAGCAGCCCCUUGAACAACCUAUAAUUAAAUCUGUUAGGAACAUUAAGCCUGAGGUUGGGGUUAAGGAUUCCUCAACCUAUUUGUCCAGCCAGUUUCUUGUUGGUCUCAUGUCAAAUCCCUCUUUGGUUCCUAAUUGUUGCCCACUUACAACAUGGGAAGACAUUGUUCAUGGAUAUGUUGGUUGAGCAAACACGUCAUAUGCUAACUUUCAAUACAAAUUGUGAGAAGCAUAUGAGGUACACAGAUACAAGGAUUGAUGAGCAACAAAGAAGGAUAUCCAUUA